AUGGCUCUUGAGCUUUUUAUUUCCCCCUAUAUACAUAACUCGCAUUAUUAUCUCCAUCCUCUACCGCCUACUAGGCCCUUAAGAAUUCAGAUACAAGGCCUUAUAUAUCGGGCAUUAUAUGGUAAAGGGGGGUUCAAGGAGGCUAACGGUAUUCCGGCUGUGCGAGAUGAGUAUUUGGUAUGGGCAAUAGACUAUAUCGACUACUACGGAGUUAUAUUCGAUUACCUCGUUCCUGCUAACGAUCCGAACCCAGAAGUGCUUGCAAUUAGUAUUAAUGAAGUGGAUAAUGACAAAGGAGCAUUCGCCAACAAGGUCCUCUUGUUUCAAAUAGGCCUGGUAGAAUACACAGGGAAGAAGGUCCUCGUAGUACCGAGAUGUUGUCAGGUUAAGAAAGGUACGCAGGAUCGUUAG